GGUUGGAGUUUGCGUGUAACUGUACUUACUUAUGUCGUAGGUGUUUUAGAAUACUUGCCAAUAUGAUUAACUACAGAAAUGGAAAACAUUAUAGUGGCGAGUAAAACAUAAAAGAUAAUCGCGUUUAAGUGCGCUAAACUUCAGUUAGCCACGUUAGCUAGCUUGGAUGGGUCGCUAGCAAGGUAGGCACAUAGUAAGAGGACUCAAGAUAAUAAACUACAUGCUGAGCUAGAUAGCGUUUCACUUUCCGAGCUGUUUAGAUAGCUGGUCAUGCUAGGUAGCUCAUGUUGCUGCAGAAUGAGCUGUUUUGAUAGCCAGCUUUAAUUUUAUUUCCUCACUGUGGUGGCAGUGUGAGUAAUCAGACUCAUUGGAUUGUAUGCUCUCAAAGAGAGAGGUCUAACGUACUGUGUCGAGGAUGAUGGAAGCCCAGAAAUGUGUGCCGGAGGAGCACGUGUCACCGACCGUCCCGACCCAGCGCCCAGAUCGGGUUCCUCUUCAGAAGAGCAGCGUGUGUUCUCGCUCGUACUUCAUGGUGGUAAUGGUGUUUUUCCAUGUUUACAUCAUCAACGUCAUUGCACUGCUUCUGUACGUGCAUUACAACAACGGUCCCGGGGAACCUGUUACGACCAUUAGCCCUACGGACGGGACAAACAAUCUCCAUACCUCCCCAGAUCCCAAUCCUCCGCCUUUUAACCCGGGAUCCCACCGCUCAUUGUACCUUCCACGUAUUGAGGGUAUACGGGUGGGACAUGUCCAAGAAGUGUCUCUAGUGCCAGACAAAGUCCAUGAGAUGCGAACCCUGAGCUUGAAGCCCCUGCUGUUUGAGAUCCCGGGCUUUCUCUCAGAGGAGGAGUGCAGUGUGGUGGUGCAGUUGGCUCAGCUGAAGGGCCUGACGGAGAGCCGGGUGAUGGUGCCUGAGGACCAAGAGGAGCUGACGCAGCAACUGGACCUUAGCCCAGAGGAGAUCUUCAGUCUGCUGGACCUUAAUCAGGAUGGACGGCUGCAGCUGCAGGAGAUUCUGACCCACUCGCGAGUACGGGAUGGGAUCUGGCUGACUCCAGAGAACCUGAGGGAGAUCUACGCGGGGCUCAAGGCUGACCCAGACGGUGAUGGCCUGCUGAGCCUGGAGGAGUUUAAGCAGUUGAGCAGCAAGGCAUUUCAGCACUUCCUGCAGCAGCGCGGUGUGAAGCGGAGUCAGCUGGUGAGGAACAGCAGACACACCUGGCUGUAUCAAGGCAAGGGGGCGCACCACAUUCUGCAAGAACUCAGGAAGAGGGUGACGCGUCUGACCCGACUGCCCUCCUCUCUGGUGGAACUGAGCGAGCCCCUGCAGGUGGUGCGCUAUGAGCAGGGUGGUCACUACCAUGCCCACCAUGACAGUGGCCCGGUCUACCCGGAGACUGCCUGCACCCACACCCGGCUGGUAGCCAACACCUCCACCCCAUUCGAGACUUCCUGCCGGUACAUCACGGUGCUCUUCUAUCUGAAUUCUGUAGAAGGAGGCGGAGAAACCACCUUUCCUGUGGCUGACAACAGGACCUAUGAGGAAGUGUCUCUGAUCCAGGAUGAUGUUGACCUGCUGGAUACAAGGAAACACUGUGACAAGGGCAACCUCAGGGUGAAGCCCACCAAAGGAACAGCCGUCUUCUGGUACAACUACCUGUCGGAUGGCAAAGGGUGGGUUGGUGAGCAGGAUGAGUAUUCCCUGCAUGGUGGCUGUCUGGUCACCCGCGGAACCAAGUGGGUGGCCAAUAACUGGAUCAAUGUGGACCCAGACUACCAGCGCCAGGCCCGCUACCAGCAGCUGGUGUCCCAGCAGCAGAGUGGGGAGAUCCACGAUGUUGAGCGAGACCCUGACCAGCACAGUGACCUCCACCACGACCUAUAGCCCCCACUGAGGAGACGAGCCCUUGACCCCCUCACCCCCUGUCCUGGCGCUUCCGUCCCUUUCUCCCCAAAAAUGAUGGCAGGACACAAAACUAUGUGCACGGCCCUGCCCUGCUUCACUGCCUCCCUGCAUGGAGUUAUAUUACAGUACAUCACAUUACAUCAUUUAGCAGACGCACUUACCCAGAGUGACUUACAUAGGUUAUACUUUUUUUUUUUUUUACAAAGCAGUUUUACAGUGGAGCUUAUGUGGAGUGGAGUGUGGUCUCCAGAGGUUGGGGUGCUUUCAGUCCAAGCUCUGGGCUUCAUUUCCCUUCAGCAUCAUGGUGAAACAUAACCUAGUAUUUGACAUCUGAAAUCACCCCAGGACUCAGAACCCAGCACUCCAACCCAGCGGCAUCCUUUGACAUGCAGUCCUGUGCAGCUUUAAUGAAUGUCACAUGCAUGGAGUCCUCCUCUUUUGGAGUCAGUGGCAUUUAUCAAAGGAACUUUCCUGCUGUUCAUCUCUUCAUCUGAAUGUUAGGCCCAGUGUGGUGAGUUCAUACAGAGAGGCCCUCAGGGUUACUUUCAGAGGUCUCAGCUAUGUUAUUAUCUUGGUGAACUCAGGGGUCUAAGCGAAGUGAGGCAUUGACUAGUUUACCUGCACCCUUCCAUCAGCCUAACCGGUGCUCUGACCACACCAGCAUCAAAACACAAGGUAGAGAAUGGGGGGGUCAUGCAGCCCAGCUGUACAGUCCCUGAAAGGUGACAAACAGACCCUCCCUGCACAUUGCCACCUGUCCCCACCUACAUCCCCUCUGAUGUCCUAGACCCUACUCCAACCCCACAAGAGGCUGCUGGUGGUCCCCAUCCCAGCC